AUUAUUUAAAUUUUGAAAUUUGAAAACAGUACAGGAUUUCUGUACUGAUUUUAGGAUACAGAUUCUCUGUUGAUGGAAGMUGAAUGCUCUCUUSCCGUCUCUAACCAGCCUCAUAGCGCAAUGAUUGCUGUAUAGUCGAUUUGCUGAAGAGAACAGGAUGAAAUCGAGUGGACGUCGUCCCCGAACAUUGAAUCCGGCAUUCGCCGCGGCACACGGAAUAAGCAGUAGCAACAGUAUCGACGAUCCCCUCGAUACGAAAACUAAUGACGAAGUCCGGAACGAUGGCGGCAACAGCAAAACCGGUACCUAUAGCAGCAGCAACAAUUCCAUCGAGAUUGUCUUGAAACGGGCACGCGAUACGGGAAAACUCAACGCAUCGAAUUGUGCCGAGCUAAAGAAUCACCAAAAUUCUUCCUCGUCUCUCCCGAACGAUUUUUUUGAAUUCCCUUUCAAUUUGAGUCGAUACACCGAAGAGCUUUUGACGGUCAUCGAUUUCUCMGAUAACGAAGAUAACCUAGGGCCAGACCCUGAGCUAGACGAAAGGGUUCUCCAAUAUAAGUCGGCGCAGUCCAUGAGGUUUCGGAACUGCGGUUGGAAACUUCCUUCGGCUCUAUCCUUUUCCUCCCUAGAACAUCUCACCAUUUUGGAUUUAUCGGGRAACCGAUUGGACGGCAGCUUGGACAUUGGAGUCCUAUUGUGUUCUCCCUCAAAAACUUCGGCCUUGGUAGAACUUAACCUCUCCAACAACCUGAUCCGGGAGCUGAGAGCAACAUGGAACGAUUCGAAGAACGGUGAUAAUGAUCAGAAAGAUGGACCGUCGUCGUCAUCCCUCACGAUCAGUCUUCCCAAGUUGCAGUCCUUGGAUGUAUCACACAAUCCCCCCUUGGAAAGCUUGUUUGAGGGCGACGACUUCUCUUGCGAAAAUCUGCGAAUUUUUCGAUGUCACCACAACCCAAAUCUAAGAUUUUCRUCGUAUAUAUCACCAUCUCCGACAUCGGCCUCUACCAACGCAAURGAUGGACUUCCACGAUUCUUGCGUUCCGCAUCCACUUCCCUMGAGGUUCUGGAGGCAUCGCACAACCCCAAACUAGYRUCUGCAGCAAAAACCAAACCACGAGCAUGUCCGAUAGACUUGUCCAGUUUCACACAAUUGCARACUUGUUCUUUUGCCUUGAAUAAACUCGAUGUGGUCCCUUGCAUUCCUCUCUCGGUGAAAUCGUUGGAUCUUCGCAGCAACAAACUAGCGUCAAUUUCUGGUAUUUUCCCWACCGAGUCGAMGUCGSCAGCAUCAUCAUCGGUAGCAAMAAAAUCUCAACUGAUAAAUCUGAUUCUCGCGGAUAACUACCUCACACGUUUGGAUCCACUGKUAUUGGAACAGAUGACCCAAUUGAACCGUUUAGACCUGGCUUCGAACAAGCUACUCGCACUGCCCUACCAGCUGGGUUUUUUGACGAGUCUUUCGGCGCUCAACGUUUCUGGAAAUCCAGUAGUUACCAAGAUUCCACCAUCAGUUAUAAGCAGCAGCAGUAGUGGCAAUCCACAAGCUUUAUUGGAGCUGUUGCGGAAUCGAGCUCCUGUUGGAAAAGAGGGAAGGGCGACCACCUUAGCGGGCGGUGGUCGUGCCAAGAGCAUCGACGUAGCUGCAUCGAACUUKUUGACAACUGCCUUGUCGUCCAAGGGCCGCACGACGCUAGAUCUGGAGAGGAAACUCGCGCAAGCCAACCCGAAUACUCUUGAAGUUUUGAUGAGAGAGUUGCUGACAACGAGCACAAACAUUGCCAGAGAAAUCACCGGCCAAGUCAUUUUAGACUCCAAUGAGCUCGACACAUUGCCGAGCGACUUGCUCUCGCGUUGCUUGCCAAACGUGGAAACAAUCUCACUGGUCRGAAACAAGUUUACUGAAUUGCCUCCAUCGUUGCAAACCUCCUGCAGCAGAACGGUGAAGGAAUUGCGCCUCGGAAAGAAUCUGUUAACAAGCGAAGCAUUGACAGAGGCGGGAUGGUUUCGAGCGAAAGCAUCGGUUGCUWUGUCUGGAUCWUGGUCGCUGAAUUCUCUUACGCAUCUUGACCUGUCUUCUAAUCGACUUACUUCCUUUCCCAUCAAUACAACUUCCGAAGUUCUUUGUUUCCCGGCACUCAAGGUCUUGAAUCUGUUCAACAACCGCAUUCACAAUGUUGGAGACUGGAAAAGAUUGCCGGCCUCGUUGACCACACUUGAGCUCUCCGAAAACCACAUCGAAGACAUYGAGCCGCUCGCCAUCCUUUUGGCAGCUCAUUGCAGGGGAUUCCAGCGUCUGUCGCUUGAACACAACCGUGUAAAGCGCAUCCCCCCAAUCCUGGGGCUUCUGGCGAGCUAUUCGCCUUCUAUGCUUUCCCUAAACCUAAAGGGGAAUCCUCAGCGCGCCGUCCGGCUCGACGUUCUCGAUCGUCCCUGUUCAGACAUCUUGGAGUACCUGGCGAAUCGAAUGACGGUCGACCAACGCAAUGCUGCCAUCGACCUGAUUCAGGAGCGGCAGCGUCUAGAGAAAUUGGUUCCGGGAACAAAACCAAUGGAAGAACAUGCCGCCGUUGUCAAGGAUACUGACAUUGAUGAUAUACCUUCCGCUAUGCCCAGUCGUUCGGUCGGAGAGGAACCUCCAGCCUCUGUGGCUUGCGUCCAGCAGGAAGAUAAGCUACCGGAMCGAACCACGAAACUCAACCACAAGAGUGCUGGCGUUGGCAGGGCAGAAUCAGAAUCAGAAGAGAAGAAGGAGGAGAACGACACCAACGUCCUGAAGGAACUCCAAGAAUCCGUGGAGAAAUACAAGGCCCAGCUCGAAAACYUGUCCCUGACCCAAGCCAAGAAGUAUGCCCUGAAGAAGUCGCUGGCCAUGGAACGAUCCAAGCUGAUUCGGGAGGAGCGCAGAUUGGGCCUACGGAAGUAGUAUGCCUCGAAAAGGGAACUCUGUAUACAGCUAAUUUAACGGAUGAAUUGCUUUGAUCAGCACGAAUUCAAACUAGCAUUUURUAAAUGUCCAAUAAGUCGUUGUUUCUUAU